GUAGCCUGCUGUGAGAACAACUAAUGUGAAGAGGAGAGGGAGGCAACUUGGUGAAGUACAGUGUGGCGUCGUUUUUUCCAGAAGUUUGUAAAUACCAUGGCCGUGUUAAUUGUUUGCUCUAAUUGAAUAGAUGACGGUGAAGCAAUAAGGUGGGGUAGUGAUUAUCGCCCUUCGGAGUUCAUUCAAGUGCGCGGUUAUCUCAUAGAUUAUCUCCAAAUCCUGGGGAUGAACGUGGUGAUAAUGUCAACACGCGAGAAUGGAUGUUCGUUGAGUUGCCAAAAGACACAUCUUAAGAAGCUGACAUCUACCUGGACACAUUUUGGGAACUGGUCUUAAGCCCCUGAUACCAAGGUUGCAGUAGUAGCCCCCAAACCAUCAGCCAGCACCACCACCACGACAGGUGCUCUGCUUACAACCCAGGAAGCUCACCUUCUUCCAUCUAAGAAGCCUGCCAGCCAGCCGCACAUACAGAAAGAGAGAGAGAGAGAGAGAGAUAGAGAGCGAGAGAGAGAGAGAGAGAGAGAGAGAGAGAGAGAGAGAGAAAGAGAACCAGCUGUGACUAAGCUCUACCCAUUUCAGUGUGCUUUGCAUUAGUGUCUUUUUAAUUUAUUGUAAGGAAACACAAAGCUGUUCUUUUCUAGAUGCUUCUAUUUAUUCUUUUUAAGUAUUUGCUGUUUAAUUGCUGUAUGAAAAAUCCUAGGGAAAGUAUAGUUGAGAUGUCGCAAAAAUAGACCAUAUGACAUUCCAAAACUAAAUAAACCAAAGAAGAAAUUUAGAAGAAAUCUGAAACACUGAAGGAAGUUGGUUAUCAGAUAGGUCUAAGUCAUGAUAGUCAGAUAACCGACUGACUGUCAAAACACGUUAAGACACACACAGACGCAAGAUAAGAUGAGAUGAGAUAAGAGCUAAAAGUCAGACAGGCAGUUUAGUUAGUUAGUUUGUUAGCUAGUUAGCUAGUUAGUCAUCAUGCAGGAUGACCCUCAGGGCUACCUGGACAUGGCAGGUAAGGCUGUAGAGGAACUCAAAAAGCCCAGUGGUAGCCAUGGUGACAACAAUGGCCCCAACAUCGACACCGUCCUAGAGCUCUCAGACCUGACAGGGCUGCAUGCGGACGACCAGCACAACAGCACACCCAAUGACACAGCACCGUCGCUGGGUGAUGAUGUCAUCAGGAUUCAUGUCGAGGAUCUUACCGGUCAGGGAAGUGGCAGCAAGGAGUACGCUGAUGAUGCCACCAAUGGUAGUAAUGGUUUUAGGACUCGUGCUGAUGAUGUCACAGCACAGAAUGAUGACAUCAGGACUACCACAAAGUCACCCGAAGUGCAUAGGGAAGAACAGGACUCUUGUAAUGGUGUCAAAUCCUCUCCAUCACUCAGUGAUGAAGUUAGCAGGGUACAGGACAGUGUCAAUGGCAGGUCCCAAAGUGACAACGUAGUACUUAGCAACGCACCGGCAUACAUAGAGCUAGGUGUGGCGCGGACAGAGCAGGCACCUGAGCCCCUGCAACCUCGCUGGUCUCGCCAGGACACACAGACCACCACAAACCAACCUUCCUCACAUCAAGGACACUCUGCUGUCUGGGACAAUACAGUUCAAUCCUUACCUGCAGGACACUCGGCAGGACACUCCCCAGGACACUCGUCUGCAGACACACAGGAGAGCUCACAUAAGGACCCUGAGCCACCUGAAGGACCCUCCAUCAAGGACUCUACGGCAGGUGCCAAGUGCAAAGUCACCCCCACUCCCUCUAAAAACCCUUCCUCUGUAGCGGUUAACUUGGACUCUCGCAACUCAGAAUCGCAAAGUAGCGAUACCGUAGCACAGAAUAUCGAUCCUAGCUUAGACGUGUUAGAGGCUGGGGAAACUAGUAGCAGACGUGAGAGUGUGGUCGGGGACACGGCCUUCAGUCCAGACUCCGAAGACCACAUGAACGGCAGCCGUCACAGCCUCAGCUCCGAGCAUCCUACGGAGGCGUCGACGGUGCCUUACAGCGAGACCUUCAACUCCUCGGACUCCUUAAACGGUCAGUCUACCUCGGGCGAGGCAGCCAGCGAUGUUGCCCUAGUGGCCUGCGAUGCGGACGAUGUCGUGGACCAAUCGCGGAAGAGCUUUGCCGAGAACGUGUGCUGCUGUUGCCGGGCGGUGCAGGGGGCGUUCCUUCGUUGCCAGGAGGAGACUCCGGCCAUGGUGACCGGCGUGGUGCUGAGCAUCCUCUUCUGCGUGACCAUCAUCGUCGUCAUCCCCACCACACGUCAGGUAUCGGUUCAUGUGGGAGCGUUGGCGGUGGUGUGCGUGGUGCUGUGUGUGUGCGUGCUGCUGCUGGUCAGUCUGCCGUGGCAGCCCUUCCUGCGCCGCUGUGGCACCCUGCUGGCCCUCUCCAUCUGGGUCUGCCUCUACGUCACCGCCUGGGUCUUCACUUUCACCGGCGGACCUGUUACCGCAUGGGAACAGGUUGCCUUCUUCUUGUUCCUGUCCCUGAGUGUGUACACGGUGCUUCCUCUGCCCGUGUCCUGGGCCCUGGUGGUGGGCGUGGGCACCAGCGUCACCCAUGUCAUCGUCAUCAGCAUCUACGUCCCUGUCACCUCACCUGACAUGCCGGACCUAGCGGUACAGCUGGUGGCUAACGCUGUGUUGUUUGCGUGUGUGAACUGCGUGGGGGCGUUCCACAUGUGGUUGUCCAUGAGGGCCACCAGGAAGUGUAAUAAGGACCGCGAGACAUUCAGCAACACACGCUCCAAACUGGCCCUGCAGAAAUACAAACAGGAGCAUCUGCUACUGUCUAUUCUACCGCGCUGCGUGGCCAUUGAGAUCAGGGCCGAGGUCACCAAGCGCCUCUCGGAGAACCAGCCCGACCGAGCGCAGAACUUCCACAGCCUCUAUAUACAACAGCACAAAGACGUCAGUAUCCUGUAUGCGGACAUCGUGGGCUUCACGCGGUUGGCCAGCACCUGCACCCCAGAGGAGCUGGUGGCGGUGCUCAACAAGCUGUUUGGACGCUUCGAUGACAUCGCCAAGGCAAAUGAGUGUUUGCGCAUUAAGAUUCUUGGGGAUUGCUACUACUGUGUGUCCGGCCUGCCGUACGCUAAACCCAAGCACGCUAGCCACUGUGUGAAGAUGGGCCUUGACAUGUGCACUGCCAUCAAUAAACUGCGCAUAGCCACCGGAGUGGACAUCAGCAUGAGGGUGGGCGUGCACACCGGCAACGUCCUCUGCGGCGUGAUUGGCCUACAGAAGUGGCAGUAUGACGUCUGGUCACAUGACGUGACGCUAGCCAAUCAUAUGGAGUCUGGGGGAUUGCCAGGGAGGGUCCACAUCACAGAGGAGACCCUGAGACACCUGGGUGGGGCGUACCAAGUGGAGGAAGGGCAGGGGGAGACGCGGGACCCUUACCUGGCUGGCAGGAGAACCUACCUGGUCAUCGACCCACACAUAGAGGACGACACGGGCAAAAAACCUGAGCCCUCCUACCAUCUGACAGUGAGUGGGCGUAAGCAGCGAGCCUCAGUGCGCAUGUCGCAGUACCUACAGUCCUGGAAAACCAUCAACCCCUUCUCUGACCUCAGCCACCCUGAUGCUCCACACACACGACGUGGUGCACCCAGACAGACAGGCACUCGGGAUAACAGCUCUCCGCAGGUGUUGAGUGAGGGCCGCUUCGAGUCUCUGGACCCACUCAACGCAGCUAAAACAAAAGCAAAGAAGAUGGACUGUUUAACCCUGCUCUUCAAUGACCACACACUGGAGAAACAGUAUCGUCUGAUUGAGCUGAAAGGCAUGCAUAAGUCAGCCAUAUGCCUAGCCGGCAUCUUCUGCACCAUCUUUACAGUCCAAAUGCUCGUCUCAGAGAAGAACGUGGCCAUGGCUGUGUCAUAUGGUGUGACUCUUCCAGUGCAGCUGUUGGUGCUACUUCUGCUGCUAGUUUGCAGUGGCUCCUUCAAGCGUUGGUCCACUAAGAUCCCAGACGGUGUGCAGUGGGUGUCGUGUGCGGUGGACGGCGUGCCUCGCGUGGUCCUCAGGCUCCUAUUGGUCAUCUUCUGUCUCCUCAUCACCCUGCUGAUGGCCAUGCUCAACCUAUACUUUGCUCCAGGAAUGAACUGUACCCAGCCCAUUGAAGACCUGGACUUGUACACAGUGCCUUACUACUUGUUCUGUUGUCUGCUGGCCAUGCUAAGCGUGGUGGUGUUUGUGAGGGUCUCAUUCUCCGUCAAGUUCCUGCUCCUCUCCCUGGCCCUGGCCGUCUACCUGGCCCUCUUCCUGCACGUCUACCGGGUCAACUCUGAAUGCUACAUCAGCCACCUCUACUCCAACUACAGCCACGAACCGGGAGUCCUGAAGGAUCCUAGAAUUAUGUCUGGAAUUUGGCUCGUUAUAUUCUACUUCAUCUGCCUCACCUUGGCAAGACAAGACGAGCUGAGCUAUCGCCUGGAGUUCCUGCUGGAUCGCUGCUUCAAGGCCGAGAAGAACGAGAUGGAGACCAUGGAGAACGUCAACAAGCUGCUGCUGGAGAACGUCCUGCCUGCUCACGUCGCCUCCGUCUUCAUGGACAGGAAAUCCUUCACCAACGACUAUCUCUACAGCAAGUCGUGCGAGUGUGUGUGCGUGAUGUUCGCCUCGGUGCCGGACUUCAAGGCCUUCUACACGGAGAGCAGCGUCAAUCACGACGGCCUGGAGUGCCUACGCUUCCUGAACGAGAUCAUAGUGGACUUCGAUGAGCUGCUGUCCAAACCAAAGUUUCAUAAUGUUGAGAAGAUUAAGACAGUGGGCAGUACGUACAUGGCAGUGGCGGGACUCGCCAAGUGCUCCAAGACAGAGGAGAGACAGGACUGUGAUGUGUCCUACAGCCACGUGCGCAGCAUGAUCGAGUUCGCCAUGGCCCUCAUGAGGAAACUGGAGAACAUCAACGCACACUCCUUCCAGAAUUUCAAACUCAGAAUAGGAAUAAACCACGGGCCAGUGAUUGCGGGGGUGAUUGGGGCUCAUAAACCCCAAUAUGACAUCUGGGGGAACACUGUCAACGUGGCCAGCAGAAUGGACAGCACGGGAGAACUGGAUAAGAUACAGGUGACGGAGGAGACCAAGAAGGUGGCAGAGCUGCUGGGCUUCAGUGUGACCUUGAGAGGGGUCAUCGCCGUCAAGGGCAAAGGAGAGCUCACCACAUACUUCAUCAACCACGAACAAUCACUGCAUCCCUAACCCCCAGUCCAACCCCCACCCCCAUAUAACAACGACCUUUCACUAUGGUCAUUAUGGUGAAGGACAAGCAAGAGCUACAGUAGUCACCUACUACAUCAAUCACGAUCACUCACUCCAUCCUUAAGCACUUACCUCAAUAGCGACCUUUCAUGAAAACCUUACAACAACAACCA